AUGCCAGCUCGACAAGCAAUCUACAAACUAGCAAAAAAGUUUGAUGAUACAGGUUCUGUUGAAGAUUCGCCACGAAGUGACAGACCGACAACAGUCAGAACAGAAGAAAAUAUUCAACUUGUUUCUGAAGCUUUUGCUCGGAAUCCACAAAUAUGUCAAAGACGUGCAUCACUUAGGCUUGGUAUCUCACGCACAAGUUUACAACGCCUUAUGCAAGAUCUGAAUUUAAAACCUUAUAAACCAAGAUUGUUGCAGGCGUUGAACGAGGAUGAUCCGGAUCGAAGACUGGAAUUUUGUGAAUGA